AUGGACAUCAAGGUAACAGCAACACGCAGCAUGCACUGGGUCAACACCAGGCAAGACGCCGACGCCGACGGCUACUACAACCUCGGGGACCAUUAUAUGCCAAUCUCAACGAAGUCCACUGAGGCACAGAAGUGGUUCAACCGUGGGCUGGUGUGGGUUUAUGGGUUCAACCAUGAAGAGGCCGUCAAGUGCUUCCGGCGCGCCCUCGACCAUGAUGCAGACUGUGCCAUGGCCCUUUGGGGCGUGGCCUAUGCCCUAGGUCCAAACUACAACAAGACCUGGGGGGUAUUUGAUCCUCUGGAGCUCGAAACCAGCACCCGUGAGGCGCGUCAGUCCAUUGUGAAGGCUCUUGAGAAGUCCGGCCCGGGCAGCGGUGUCUCUGAUGUAGAGAGGGCCCUCAUCGUGGCCCUCGAACGGCGCCAUCCCCGAGAGACUAUCAGCGUCGAGGAUGGUUAUCUCCUCAACAAAGAAUAUGCUGAGGCGAUGCGCAUGGUCUACCAGAGUCACCCAGAGCAUCCUGACGUGACAGCCAUCUACGUCGAUGCUCUGAUGAACCUUUCCCCUUGGCGGCUCUGGGACAUUCGCACCGGCGAACCUCUCCCUGAAGGGCACGCCCUGGAAGCCAAGAAAGCCCUAGACGAUAGCCUAAAGAAGCAUCCCCGGCAUCCGGGGAUGCUCCAUCUCUACAUCCAUUUGAUGGAGAUGUCGACUCAUCCUGAGGAAGCUCUUCACGCCGCCGACACUCUUCGCGCGCUGGUGCCGGACGCCGGCCACCUGAACCAUAUGCCCACGCAUAUCGACGUUCUUUGCGGGGACUAUCGCCUGGCAAUUUCUUCCAACACUGAUGCCAUCGUGGCAGACGAAAAGUUCGUAGCCCGAGAUGGCGCACUUAACUUUUACAGCUUGUACCGAUGCCAUAACUAUCACUUUCGCGUUUAUGCUGCCAUGUUCGCUGGUCAAAGCCGCGUAGCCUUACAGACCGUCGAUCUACUCGAACGGACCCUCUCAGAGGACUUGCUGCGCACUGAGUCCCCACCCAUGGCUGACUGGCUCGAAGGCUUCCUCUCCCUGAGGGUUCACGUCCUAAUCCGGUUCGGUCUUUGGCACGACCUCAUCGGGCUCAAGCUUCCCGACGACCAGGAUCUCUACUGCAACACGACAGCCAUGAUCCAUUACGGAAAGGGAGUCGCCUUUGCCAAUGUGGGCAUGAUCAAAGAGGCAGAAGAGAGUCGACGACUCUUCCACGAGGCUGUCAAAAAGGUCCCUGAGUCACGCACAAUCUUCAACAAUACGUGCUUGUCUAUUCUUGCCAUCGCAUCCACCAUGCUGGAUGGAGAGCUCGAGUAUCGCAAGGGCAACAUUGAGGAAGGAUUGGCUCAUCUCCGCCACGCCAUCACGCUCGAUGAUAAUCUUCCUUACGAUGAACCAUGGGGCUGGAUGCAACCUACGAGACAUGCUUACGGUGCUUUGCUUCUCGAACAGGGCCGCCUUAAGGAAGCAUUAGCUGUUUAUGCUGCUGACCUGGGCUUUGAUGAGUCUCUUCCGCGAGCGCUGCAGCACCGCAAUAAUGUCUGGGCUCUUCAUGGCUUUCACGAGUGCUUGCUUCGACUCAACCGUGAAGAGGAAGCGAGGCUGAUCCGGCCACAACUGCAGCUGGCUAUCGCAGCCGCUGAUGUCCCCGUUAAUGCGUCUUGCUUUUGUCGGAGGGUGCCACAGGCAGCAUGCGAUCUCUGA